CCCGGCACGAAUGAUGCUAAAAUCUAUGGAGAUGGGGCGCAGAAGAUAUUACCACCCAAUGUUUUGAUUACCAGCUUCCACCCAUCAGAUAUAUCGUAGGAGGCCAACUUGCGCGUCCAGAGUCGAGCAAUCGCGUGGAAUUAACCGGGGGAAGGUUAUAUCAAAUUGAGGCGAGCCCAAGAUUUGCACCGGAUUCCCUGCUCUAGGUUGCUAGGAGAACGGGUGUCAAAUUCUCAACUUGGACUGCAGAUACCUUGCGAGCGAAGCUUCUAUCUCAAGUCCCAAAGCACGGAUCUUUUCGUUUUAAGCAGGAGAUCGCUUCACUCGUCUUCUUGCGGGGUCCUUCUAAUUAGGUUUCAAAGAUUACAUUUUCUGGAAGGCAAAGUUACCGAAAUCAAGUACUUUCUUUUAUGGCAACCAGAACCUUAAGAAGGCGACUUCAUCAUGGGGAUGUUGAUGGGGGAAGAAAUGAGCAUAUGGAUGAAUCAGGUUUAGAUGCCAUAAAUGAACCGCUUCUUGAAAAGUAUGGUUAUGAUGAGGACCACUCCGAGGGAUAUGAUCAUAGAAGUCAGGAAGAUAUUUGGGAUGACAAGAAGAAGGAACAGCUCCACUGGACAUAUCUUUUUUCGAAUUUAAUUGCUCAGUGGGCGCAAUGGUUAGCAAACAUUCUCCUGACCUCUGGUUCAAUUAUAGGGAGGUUAUUACCUCUUCCCUCUAUCAUUCAAAAUGGACAGGGUAUCAAGCAUUAUCCAAUCUAUCUCAGUCCCUUACAGGAAGAAAGACUGAGAAAUUUGAGGCAGAGAUUGGAGGUCCCAUUCGAUGGUUCUCGUGUGGAACAUCAAGAGGCCCUGAAACAACUUUGGAGGUUGGCUUAUCCUAAUCAAGAGAUUCCUCCUCUCAAAUCAGAGUUGUGGAAGGAGAUGGGUUGGCAAGGUUCUGACCCAUCGACAGAUUUUAGGGGUGGUGGCUUUAUAUCAUUGGAGAACCUCAUCUUCUUUGCCAACAACUACCCUGAUUCUUUCCACAUGCUCUUACACAAGCAAGAAGGGGAAAGAGCUGAAUGGGAGUACCCAUUUGCUGUUGCUGGUAUUAAUAUAUCAUUUAUGCUGAUACAGAUGUUAGAUUUACAAUCAGGCAUACCAACUUCGAAGGCAGGAGCUCGUUUUUUGGAACUUCUUGGAGAAGAUGAUAAAGCAUUUGAUAACCUUUACUGUGUAGCCUUUCGGAUGAUGGAUGCCCAGUGGCUUGCAAAGCGCGCUUCUUAUAUGGAGUUCAAUGAAGUUUUGAAGUCUACAAGAACUCAAUUAGAGCGUGAGCUUGCCUUAGAAGACAUUACAAGUAUAAAAGACCUACCGGCAUACAACAUGUUGAAUUGAUAGCAUACCAUUAUUCCCAAAAUGUUUUUUUUUUUUGCUUCCUUGUUAACUCUCCCUACGCUGUAUGGCUUGUAUUCAUAAAAAUACUAAAUGAAAUCUUUAGAGGGGGCUCUGAGAUCGCAGAGUUUGAACCGUCUAUGCAGGAUAAAAAUGUAAUUAAUCAAAAUGGGUAUACAAAGAUGUGUGUGAAAAGGGCUGUUGCUGAACUUGUAAAUUUUAAACAAAUUGUAUUUUGAAUGUGCUGCUUUGAAACAUGGAUGAUCUUGAUGAAAUGAUUGUGCAUUGGUUGGGUUGAA